AUGCAUGAUCCAUCUGCCAGGCUAUUCGAGCUUUGUGCUUAUGCCGCCCUUUGUAUCUUUGUCAUUGCCUUUGAUAAUGAUUCUCUGGCUAACUCCCAUGUACAAUCCCUGAGUGCAAUCAGCAGCAAACUUGAUAAAAGAAACAACUUCCAUGCAAAACUGACCUUCCUGCGCACCUCGCCUAGCCAACUCGUACAGCUCCCGUUGAAGACUUUCCGCUCCGGCCACAAGUUCCUGAUGGACUCCGUACCUGUGCAUAGGCUGCUCCAGAAACCCACGCGAGAACGGGCUCUCCUCUCUCUCCCUCGCCUCCCGAUCCCAGCCGCCAGGAGCCCCACCCCACGCGGCGGUCGAUCCGGUGCCGCGCCGGCGAACCGGCCGGCGAUCCGGAGGAGCUCGCGGCCAGGUUGGUGGCCGGGGGCCCCGGCGGCGUCGGCGGACCAAGAGGAGGAGGAGGAGCGGGCCUGGGCGGACCGGGAGGAGGAGGAGGACGCGGGGAGGGGCAAACCGGGAGGAGGAGGAGGACGCGGGGAGGGGGAGGACGCGGGCCUGGGCGCCGUGCCGGUGGUCGUCGCGGUGCUAGCCGAGCCCGGCGCGUCACCGACCACGCUCGUCCAUGCGGCGGCCGCGGCGGGGAGCUUUGCUUGCGGCAUAGAGGAUGGCGCGUGGGCCGUGCUUGCUGUUGGCGCCAUGGGGCACCUUACGCGGCUCCCCGCCCACCCACACGACAAGUCUAUACAUUGGCCACAACCGGAUCCACAGGAAAGAGGUGCUCGAGAUGGAGGACAUCCAGAUUGAGGUGCGAGGUCGAUACCAACGCGGUCCUGGGAGGCGUGCACGAGAUCGAAGGCAGGGAGCUCCGGAAGGCAGAUGGCGGCAUCGCCUCACUCUCUAAAUUUACACUUAUCUAGAAUCCAGUGCUUCAUGACCAUGGCAAUAUUGGCUUGACAAAAACGAUAUAUAAAGUACUCCCUCCGUCCCAAAAUUCUUGUCUUAGAUUUGUCUAGAUACCGAUGUACCUAAUAUUAAAAUGUGACUUGAUGCAUCCGUAUUUAGACAAAUCUAAGACAAGAAUUUUGGGACGGAGGGACUAGUAUCUAUCUUCUUUUCAGUUGUAUGAAUUUGGAACUGAAUUCUAUGGCAUACAGUUGUAUGACGUGCUUUGAUUAUGCUCAAAAUGUUCAUUCCAAUACUUGAUCAGAGUGCAGAUUAUAUAACAACAACCAGGAACUACCAUACAAUCUUCAUAUCACACAUUUCACCUAUGAGUAUGAAGAUCCGUGACAAGCUACAUGCUCAACUGUUGCUUUCUACUCCCUCCGUUCCUAAAUAUUUGUUUUUCUAGAGAUUUCAACAAGUGACUACAUGCGGAGCAAAAUGAGUGAAUCUAUACUCUAAAAUAUGUCUAUAUACAUCCGUAUGUGGUAGUCCAUUUAAAAUCUCUAGAAAGACAAAUUUUUUGGAACGGAGGGAGUAUGAUCUUACUUGAUCAUGUACUUUAUAAAUCUCUGAUGCCAAAUGAGGUGUUAUAUAUUUUUCUAAUAUUAUGCCUCAUUUAGGCAAGAGCAAUCAUGAGGCCUUAUAUGCUUAUCUAUCUCAUCCAUUGAUGAUCUCUUUCGAGGAACAGAAGGACUUCUUGUUCAUUUAGAGAGGAUCAAUCUUUUGAUUUUGGUACUUAAUAAACUAAAUCUUGAGCAUUGGAGGAGGUAGCCCCUGGACUGGUGAAGAUGCAAAUGGGGACACGAGGAGGUUCAUGGUGGUUCCAGGCUCAUCUCUUUGGUGAGCAGCAGUGCGCUACGUUGGACAGUUACCAAGGCUGG